AUGAGCCAAUACAUAUCCUCAUUCCUCAUCGAUCCCGUUGUUCGCCAAGCCCGCAGGUUUUCCCGUUCCAAUACUGAGUCCCCGCAUCCUACAAAUCUACGUCCAUCUCUUACUAGCAAUGAAGAGCCAUCCUUUUCACACUUCGAAUCUCCGGCGGCAGCAGCUACGGCAGUGCAGGAAGAGCCGCCUCAUGUGAACAUCGUGACCGAUGUGAAUCUCUUGACUACUAUCACUGGUGAUCCCGAAGUUGUCUCACCGACAUCUGUCGAGGAUAGAGAUCAUCAUGCUUGGCCACGGCAUGAACUGCCAAAUUCGACUGCAUUUCCUUUGGCAAAUACAGACAACCUUGAGCAUUCAGUGAAUCCAGUAUCAUAUAUUGUGACCGCUGCAGACGAGGUCUCAAAUCCUCUACUCCAUAGAGUACCUGAUAGAUUAAGAUCCACAACAUCCUCGUUCAGCAAUUCAUCACGCUCCCUCAUCGAUGCAAACAUGUCACCAGCAGAUGGGUCCGACCAGUCGUCUAGAACAAACACACCGGAUACUAGGGGUCGUGGUGAUAGUGCCGGCAGUGGAGUUGGAGAUAGAUCUUUGCCAGAAGACGAUGGAAUGGGCCCUAUGCGGAAGCGUAUCAUUGCAAUACAAAGAACCGAUAGCUCAAAUGAGGAGAAGGCGAGAUUGGUACAUGGCCUGAUGACGGAGAAGCACAAUUCUUCACAACAAAGCCUACACGGACCUCACUUCCCUAGAGCGCAUUCACCCGGAAGCCGUCAUAGCUCGGAUCGACCGUGGACACCUUCUUCUCCCAAGUCAACCGACAGCUUGAGGCAAACCUUAUCACCGCCAACGUCAUCAUCAUCGAACGGUGAUGAGCCAAAUCCUUUCCAGCUGUCACCUGAUGACUUGAAACCUACAUAUUAUCAGAAGCCACUCCCAGUCUUAAAAGAUGGAGACCAUGAAGGAUCGUCAAUGGAAAUCGAGGAGGUGACGAAGGCUCUAGGAUGUGAACAUUAUAAACGAAACAUCAAAUUACAAUGUUCCGCUUGCAACCGAUGGUAUACUUGCCGCUUCUGCCAUGAUGCGGUAGAAGAUCAUAUGCUCAACCGGAGGGAGACAAAGAAUAUGCUAUGCAUGCUUUGCGGCUGCGCACAACCGGCGUCGGAAGAGUGCGCGCUUUGUAGCGAGCGAGCGGCCUGGUAUUACUGCGAUGUGUGCAAGCUUUGGGAUGACGAUCCUGAGAAGAGUAUAUACCAUUGCAAUGAUUGCGGCAUAUGUCGGGUGGGCAAGGGCCUAGGAAAAGACUUCUUCCACUGCAAAAUUCUCGCUGGCCCAGAUAGAGGUGGAGAGCCUGCACAAGCGCAGGAUGCUCCUCAGAGCAUUGCAGAUCCCUCUAUUGUCUCGAGGUCGAACUCUCGCGGGAGAUCUAGGCAACCCACAACCAUUUCGCGCCGGCCAACAACUUCCGCUCCGCCGUCAGGUAGCAUCCAAAGUCUCCUCGAGAGUAGUGCAUGGCCGAACCUACGGGAUCGCAACGCACACUCUGUCGCUCCGGAUACUGUACCUUUCGCGCAGCCAAGCCCGGCAGCUAGUAGCAGUGACGCCGACGACUCAAUGGAUACAGAUGAAGACUGGGAGAGUGAAAUGGAGUUUUGGGGCGGUGAAAGUCCCAGAUCAAGACACACUUCUCCAACCCUAGAUCAUGAGAUGGCUAUUGGUGACGGCAGUGAAGAAGAAGAUGGCGACGAUAGCGCGGACGAAGAUAUGAGUGAUGAUGCAGAAGAGGAUGAGGCUGAUGAGUACAACCGAAUGGACAUUUUUGGACAUCGGUAA